AUGGUUGAAAAUAAUCUUAUUAGUAUUUUUUUUCGUUGUAGUUCGGAUGAAAUAAAAGAUAUUGUUGUUCAGCUACCUUGUGAUACAGUUCUUGAUGACGAACCGCUGGCAGUAUUGCAGACUAUUGCUAGCGAUUAUAAGUUUUUUGAUUUUUAUUUACGUGUGGGUCGAGAGCAACGAAUACAGUUAGCUGGUGGGCGUUUAUGGCCGACUGUAAUUGUAGACGGUGUUAUGCGAACCAUACCCAGUUUUUAUAUUUACCUUAUAGCUGUGACCAAAUGUGAGAACGGUGAUCGCUAUAUAACUAUUGGAGUCGUACACUGGUUGUUUGGGAUUUAUGCCGAAUUGGAGAUUGAUUACCGCAUCUAUCCGGAAACGUUCAAACCACAACCAGGGUAUAAAGUUACCUCUAUAUAUUUACCGUCCGUGACGUUUGACAGUGUGGGUUUUGAUAUUGAUUAUGUUAAUGAACAACAGCAAUUAACAGUUCUCGAAGCACGAGAUUUUGUUGCCGGUGUGGUAGAUACGUUGAUUACAUAUAUAAACGAAAAUUAUCAGACAGAUUAUCGGACGGUGACCGUCGAGUUUGAAAAGGAGCAUGGGAUAGCUAUAUCAAAACGUUUGACACAGAUUUUGAUAUAUCAUCAAAAAUUGGUUCAUAUCGUACAGGAUUGGAGAAUUAAGAAUUGCAGUUGUACACGAAACGACCAGAUUUGUCAUUGUGGAUUGUAUACUAGCCGUGAUAUAGUUAGAUGCAGAAAAUUGUACUUUAAAGAUGCGGGAUUAUUGGUUAGUGAUGCGGUGUAUUUUACCACCUCGAGAUAA